AUGUUUUCAACGUGGUAAAGAUUAAAAAGAGAUAAUGUGAUAACACCUAAGAAUGUAAAUUAAAGAAAGAGGAAGUAUUAAAGGUGGUUUCAAUAUUGUUAUAGGAAAAUAAGGUUAUAGAUAUUUUCUAGUUACAAAAAAAUUUACCAUUUGUUUCUGAAUUAUUUUUUUAAACAUAAAACUUUAGGAUCUGAGUUGU